CUUCAUUGAAAGUUUAACCUUUAAAUUAAAGAACAGUAUAGGAGCCAACUUGCUAGACUCUUCUCCCAGAGAGCCCCAAACCUCUUGUGAUCCAGCCCAGUAAAUGUCCCUCCUUGUUUUAUUCUUUCAACUCAUACUACUCAGACUGAAUCUUUUCCAAUUAGCAUUGCCUGUCCAGAUAAAAAUCUAUGGUAUCUACUCCAUUGCUUGGGCAGUUAGACUGGUGGGUUAUGCUCACAGGCCUGCUUGGUGAUUUAUAGGUUUCUCUGUGGGGGAAAGUUACUGCUCAGUGAGCUGAGGUUUGAAUUUACAGUACUGCUAGUUUAUUCCACUUCCGUUUUUAAAUAAAGUUGAGAACAAGCUCAUUUGAAAGUGAACUUACAGUACUUGAAGUAGGCUGCCUGGCAAAUUACUCAGCUGUAAAUUCUAGCCUCAUUUUGUGAAAAAUGGUUGUUGUUUGGGGUUUUUUGAUAGACAAAUUAUUUUUUUCUUUUUAUUGAAAUUUAUUAAUUGUUAUUUAUGGAAUGUUUAUACUUUUAUUCUAUUAAAUUAACCCAGUUACCAUUGCUACUGUUAUUAAGUUACAUUAAAAAAAGAGACAAUUAAAAAAAAAUUACUAUGGAAGUGCUAUAGGGCAAAGGUGAAGUACGGAAGUAAGGCCUACAGUAUGACUCAGGCUAGCAUUUUACCUGGGUUCUGUUCUAAAUAUGAUGACUAUCUGCCUUAAGCAUAAAUGGCGUUACUUGCUCUUAUGAGGUACACAUCCUUUAAUUGUCUGACUUUUCAGCAUUCUGCAUAUACUGCAACAUUAUAGAUGUGUGUCUUUCUCAUCAGCGCUGAGAUAUUGGGGGAAAAAAAACAUCUGAUUAAAUGGAACAAGAAAAUGGCUUACACAGAUGAUAGAAACCCAGGAAAAGGCUGAGAGACAAGACAAGUAACUCAGUCAGAAUGCAAAACAAGUCUUAUGCACCAGGUUGGAUAGGAGCUGCCUUGAAGGAGUUUUUGGUUUCUUUUAUGAAGGCUGGUGGUUUUGUAGUGUCAGAAACCACCUAUAGUUAUUUAAUGCUACUAAUUUCCUUCAGCUUCUAGAAAGACAGAGCUUCUCAUUUAGGAUUUCAUUUGAAGCAUUUCUUUGUCCUAAUUCAUCUGUAAAUAGGGUGUUGUAAUAGUUGCUUAUGCUGAACAGAGUAGCCGUCAGUGCUUUCAGGUUCUUUAAUGAAAGGCACACUCAUUGCAAAUUGAUUUAUGAAUUUUAAGAAACUUCUGGGUGUGCUCUGAAACAGAGUUCAUGUUAGUCUGCCAGCCUAUUGCCCUUGUUAUAUGAAGUUUCUAAAUGUCAGAUGUGUAUUCCUAACAAACGUGCUCAUUUUAGAGUUAGCCUAUGACAUCCAUUUUUUCUUCACUAUCUCCUUUUUAGACAUGAAUAUUCCUUGUGAGGAAUGGGAGUCUGCUCACACUCUUGUGAGGAGAUAGCAAUGCCAUUUAAUGACUUCAAAUAUCCCAGCUUUACAGGUAACUUUUUACUCCAUCACCCAUUACUAUUGCUACAAAAUUGCAGGCUUUUUUAGUAAGGGGAACUCUAGGUCCAGCAAUCAAAGGAAUACAAUUAUAUGACCAAGUGCAAAAAGUGAACUUGGGCUGCCUAUUGGCACAUGCUCGAGUAGUCAGGUUUUUAAAGCACUGUAGUUACACAACUUUUCACUAGAUGGCACUUUCACCAAGACACUUUGAUUCACAUAUUUUCUCAUUUGUUCCUUUACCCCUUGUUGAGCUUCAUUUUGUGUUUUUUCUUGAAGGGAUUCUUUGGAUGCUUGAUUACUGCGUCUUCUCUAUUGGUCCCAAAAAUAUUAGUGAUACUGCAGAACUGCAUCAAUGCUGUUCACAGAUGUUCUGUGAUUGUGAUGUACUGUUCUUCAGUCCCUGCCAUUUCCUACUGCUAUAAGGGUAAUUGAAAGCUAUGAAAAUUUCAGAACCUCAGCAAGCUCAUCUUAUGUCAGUCUAUUGUAUUGCAAGUAAUAUUUAAAAAAAAAAAACCAAACCAAAACAAAAAACAACAAACAAAACUGUUGUAAUAAGUAAAUGUAGUCUGUAAUAUGGUAAGUACCAAUUACUCCAGGAAUUAAAAAGUCCUCUCUAAACUAUUAUCAAGCAGAUACUUCUGCAAUAAGGGCCAAAGUCAAAGUCUUUAAAGAAGCUUAAUAACCUAAAUGGCUUAAAUUCUGGAAGUGUCUAAACCCUCAUAAACGUGCUAUCCUGCAGAAAUUUGAGGCCUGCAUCAGGGGUAUCAGCUUCUUUUUACAUUUAGGGAAUGCUGGAUGUGUAAGAUACUGUAGCAAUGUGGAAAGGACAGCUUGGGUGAAUGAUGAGUGAAGUGUUAGGGAAAAAGGUUGAAGAAGGAGGGUAAAGCACCUCCAGCAGGGACCAAGGGACUAUUAACCUUAGCUUGGCACACCUUGCUGUCAGGCAGGGUGGGGAACUGUUUCAACCCAGGAGGAGACUACAGGGAAGCAACCUCUGUUGGAGGUCAGCAAUCUGGAUGCAUCAGUUGCUCAGUAAUGCUCUAAGCUGAGAGGUAGAACCUUUCUUUGAACCAUAUUCUCCGUUUCCUGUUUGCACUCAAGUCUCUCAUGCCUCCUUCUUUAGGGUGGGGGCCCUGCUGCAUGGACUACUGGAGUCCGACUGAUAUGAUGAUGCAGGGCAUGGAAGGCAAGAGAGGUAAGAACAGAGCGAAUGCACCUAAGGAGUUAGUGUGCUGUGAUUUUUCUGCUUUAUUCAAGAGUCUUACUUCAGGCACUUGGGACUUGGGCUUGAAUGAGGACCAACCAGUCUGAUAGCUGUGAGCUGGCAACAGCAAUUGUAUGCCUUUGGAAACACUGAAAGGCAGGAACUUGGGUAUAUGGGAGGCUUUGCUUUGGGGCUGGGUAUCUGUAUGGUGAUCCUGCAGAGACAGAUAGGCACCAAAGCAGCUUCAAGGACCUAAGCAAGCAUGCUUACUAAAGUUAGUGACUCAUAUCCAUACAGAAAGUGUUCCACUCCUGAAUCAGGCCUUUAUUAUUUUAAACUCUUAAUUAAGUCUCUUUGAACCCACAGGUGCAGCUACUCACUGAUGCUUAUUUGUUUUCUUUUAUUUGUCACAGGCUUUCAUUUACCAAAAUAUUUCAGUCAGAUUGAACUAGAAGUAUUUCAGGGGAUUUUAAUCUAUCCUUGGAAACUGUGAGCAAUUUGGGUACUUUCCUGUGCUAUUCUCUGGGUAUUAGUAUGGGCAUACAUUUGUAGGCAGGUCUUCAAUGGGUGACUGGACCACUACCAUUCUUAUUUUACAGGUUGAUUUAAGGUUCAUUAUGUGUUUAUUGCUUCUAAGUUAUUUCUUAUGGAAUAGUAUUGGUUUUCUUUUUUUCAAUGAGUUGAAAUUUAGUAGUCAAAUGAUAAAUAUUAAGGAAAAUAAAGUUUUCAGAUAUAUGAGAAAUUAAUGAAAUAUUUAAGAUUCACAUAUUUUUCAUGUCUGCCUACUGACUAGCCACCAAAUAUUUACAAAUUUCAGAAAUGAACACAUUAAAUAUUGUGUUCACUUUCUAUGCAUCACUCAUACAAAUAUUUUAACCACUCUCUUCCAAACCCAUUGCUGAUGUGCUGAUUUUUUUCUUUGCUCUAAUUUCCGUGAAGUUAUUUCACAAUACCUGAGCUGUUAAGUUAUGCCUACUAAGUUAUUUCACUGUUAAGCUCUUUCAUUUUAUGAUUUCUUAAAGCGCUGUUUAGAAUCCAGGUAGUUAUGCAAAUAGCUGAACGUCAGUCAUCAUGUUCUUUCUAUAUCAAUGAAUGUUGGGAUUUUUUAAUUUAUUUUUUGGGAGGUUGUUAUUAGUUGUUUUAUUUUUGUUGUUUGUUGUUGUUGAUUUUUUUAAUGUUAUUUUCAGGGGAGGGAAGCGGUGGGUUUUAAUCCAAAGUAGAAUAAGUUUGAGGGAUUCAAAGGAUAUCUCAUGGAGUAAAACUUGGCAUAGAGGCAUAAGAAAGAUAGGAGGUAGCAUAGAAAAUGUUCAUUCUGGUUUUGUGAGAGGAAAUUUCAGUCUUUCCUCUUUGCUGGCUAAUGUACUUAUCUGGGUGUGCAGAGAGAACAUUUUUGUAGUUCUUUUAUUAAAUAUGCCUGGAACCUAACUAAAAUAAUACAUUUUUGUGCGUACUUAAAUAUUUUCUGUUCACAGAAAUUAUUGGAAAAAUCUUGUGGUUUUCAUGAUUUCAGGAGAAGGGAGAUGGAGUCAGCUAAGAAGCUACAAAAUUGAUUGUGUGCUAGAAUAUAAAUAUAUACAAAAUAUAAAUAAAUUGUUAUGUUUAGAUUAAAUUUUACUGUCAACUUCAAAAACAUUUCAUGCAUGUCUUCUGUUUAUUUUACAGUAUACCUAGAAAAAUUUAUAGCUGUUUCAUUUUACUCUGACCUCCCCUUGGAGGGAGUGCUAUACAGACUUUCUGAAAGCUGGGAUUCCUGCUUGUAUUAUAAUACAAAUGUCCACUGGUGAUCAUAUUCAAGGAGUCUAAAUCCACUUUAAGUCUGGCGUUCUUUAUUGUUUUCAUGUAGGUGACUGAAGAUGUCUAGCCAGAAGGGAACAGUAGGCGCUGGGAUUUAUGGGAAAAUUAAAUUGUAAAAAAUGGCUUGCACUGAAACAUGUUUAGAUUCAUCCUGGUCUUAAAAUAUUUUUGAGACAUGGUAAGUUGUGGGACAUUGAAAGUACUAUGUUAUACGUGAGGUACGAAGAUCUCUCCCUCCCUUCAGCCUCAGGACUCUCCCUAAUAAUGCUGGAAGUUAAAAUGAAUCAUUUAUGAGCAUCAGUAGACACAUGGGUGGUGCCUCUUUUUAAACUGGUAUUUUGUUGAUGCAAUAUGUGUGACAGCCUUUUAGUUCUGAAUAUAAAUGUUACAGAGGGGAAAUUAGGUUGGUUCACAGAGGAGAUCAGCCAGACCUUGCAGUACAUCUUGCUGAGGAGCAGGUAUCUCCACCAGUACUGUUCUUCAGAAACUAGUACAUGUAGAAGAAAAAUGGAAGUCAUCGAGCUGGGAGAAGUUGACCUGAACUGUCCUUCAAACUGCCAAAUUCAUAAUACACAAUUCUUUGGAACUGACAGACAGAUAAUAAGGAGAGGGCAAGCCUUCAACUUUUAUGCUCGCUUUCAAAACCGGGAAUGGGAUGACUCUGUGGACAAGGCCAUUUUCACUGUGGAGACAGGCCUCAGACCCUGCGAAUCAAAUGAGACAAAAUGUAGCUUUCCAAUGGGCAGAUGCCUAGAUCAAACCUGCUGGAGUUCUUCCUACAAAGUUUAUCAGCCAAAAUGCAUCAAUAUCAGCGUGUUUCCUCCUUCCAACGCCUGCAUUGGCCGUUAUAUUCUCAAUAUGCAAAUCACAUCUUGUGGUCAUACAUAUCAGCGAUGUCUUGGAGAUUUUUAUGUCCUUUUUAACCCUUGGUGUGCAGAUGACCCUGUAUAUAUGGACAAUCAGGCCCAUAGAGAAGAGUAUGUUCUGAAUGAGCAUGGCAUACUGUAUGAAGGAGUUCACAAGCAUAUUACCUCUCGACCAUGGCACUUUGGACAGUUUGAAGAUGGAAUUCUGGAUAUCUGCUUGAAGAUCCUAGACAUUGGUGCAAGUUAUCAUCAUGGCUCUGAUCGUGACCGCUGUUGGCGCAAUGACCCUGUGCACGUCAGCAUGGUGGUAAAUCACAUGAUAAGCAGCCAUAUUACUAGCAGUAUAAUGAAGAUUCCAGAAAACAAUGAUUACCUGAAGGGAACAAAACCAUUUUCCUGGAAUGGAAGUGUCCCUAUUCUUCAGCAGUGGUACAAUGGCAGAUGCAGGCCAGUCAGAUAUGGGUACUGUGGGUCUCUUGCUUCAGUAAUGUGCACAGUGAUGCGCUGUUUGGGAGUUCCAAGCCGUGUUGUUACAAGCUUCUGUUUUCCAAGCUCAAAUGAAAAUCCACUUGGUAUCAAUGAGAUUUUUGACUGUACUGGAAAAAACCUAUGUGGUAAAGACAAGCUAUGGCGAUAUCACUGCUGGAAUGAGUCUUGGAUGGCUCGCAGAGACCUAAAACAAUGCUGUGGUGAUUGGCAGUGUUUGGAUCCAACACCUUUGGAAACAGGCAGAGGUACAGCUUGUAGCGGUCCUACCUGGGUUCGAAGUGUCAGAGAAGGGGAACUGGACUUGGACUAUGAUGGUCAUCAUCUGUUUUCUCGAGUAAAUUCAAACUAUGCUGGCUGGCUUUCCCAAAACAAUGCCAAAAGAGCGAAGUUUUUCUGCGAUCCUUGGCCAUGUGGACAACGUCUAAUCACCAAGCAUGUUGGCAGUGAGCAAUUUGAAGAUAUCACUGGGGCUUACAAGUAUGAACUAGGUUCUGUGAAAAACAAAGAAGCCUAUUACCGGGCUUACAGAAGAAUUUAUCCAGGGUACUGCAAUGCUUCCAACUGUCAUAUUGAUAGAGAGUUAUCAUCUCUGAAAAACCCAUUUUUGAGUGACUCUGGUAUUAACAUGAGGUUAAAGAUGGCUAAUUGCCCAAUGUACGGUGAAGAUGUCCAACUGCACUGGCUGCUAGAAAAUUUGCGUAAUGAAAACAAAACCCUGAAGUUUAAUUUGUGUGCACAAAUAAUAACCUAUAGUGGCUGCCCAUUGGAUCAGUUUUGGAAAGACAGUGUGACUAUCCCAUUGGGUCCAAGGGAAGUGAAAACAAUUCCAGUGUGCAUAUCAUAUAAUCAGUAUGGACCUUAUCUCUGUGAUCACAACAUUAUUAAAGUAGUUGCUGUCUCAGACCCAGAGUGUGGAGAAGUUCUGAUGGUGAGCAGGGAUAUCGUGAUCAACAGACCACCUGUUAUUGUGAAGCUUCUGAACCAGCCAAGGCUGAAAGUACCAUGUACUGCAGAGAUCUCCUUCUGCAAUCCUCUCCAGGAAGAUAUGAAGAACUGUGUAAUGACGUUAGAAGGCUGUGGUUUAUUCAAAGAGCCAAUGACCAUUGAUUUGGGAACACUGGCAUCUAACCAGCAGGCACGGACCAUUGUGGAGUUCACGCCUUACAGGCUUGGCAGCCACCGGCUCCUGGCUAAUCUUGGAUGCCACAAGUUUGCCUACUGCAAGGGAUGCGCCAAGGCUGAAGUGUGUUGCCUCACAGGCCAGAAUGGUACCCUGCCUGCUGCUCAGAACGGUGCCCUGCCUGUCAGCCAGAAUGGGUCACACCCCGUGUGUGAGAAUGGCUCCGUCCACAUGAAUGGCUCUGGGCCUGUCCCAGUGGCAGACCCUGCAUUCAACUCCAUGUGUGAAUAUGUAUGUAUCCCAGUGUGCAACCCAAAUUGCAGUGCAGGGGGCCAGCCUGUGUAUGACUUUGUGUACCUCCCUGCGGGCCAUCCGUUAUGCAGCUCCAUCUGCAACCAAGGCUUCAAUCCAAACGUCAGUUCUGGUUUUGAUGUGGGAGGUGAUCCUGGCUUCCGUGUUGUAUGUGAGACUGUGCCUUCUGCUACAUGUACCCCGAUGCCUCCAUCCAUGUAUGGCUCUAUGCCUGCCCCAGCCUCCAACCCUGUGUGCCCCCCUAUGCCUCAAGUGGUGUUUGAGACAGGUACUGCUCCUGUGCACCAGCCUGGAGGCAGUGGGGGACCGGUGUCCUAUUCAGUUGCUGUCCCCUCAGAUAAUGCAGUGAGUGCCCUGCUAACUCACUUCAUGGCUGGCUCUGGCCCCACAGUGGCAACCCAGGCAGUCCCUACCCAUAUAUCUGCUCCACCAUCCCAUCCGAUGUACUCUCCAGUAGCUCACACUGCCACCAUGCCACCAACAGCGGGUGCCUCCGUCUCACAUGUUGUCUGUGGCUCUGCACCCUCUCCCACAGCCCAACCUCCAUGUGGCCCAAUAUCCACCCUGACCUCCCAACCCCUGAGCACCCCAGUAGGUCAUGGCGUGUGCUCCCCAGCCUCCUGCUCAGUGGCUUCCCCUGUGCCCCACUCUGCUGCCCGUAGCGCCACCCCAGCAGGGCUGCAGAUGGGGAGUGCCCCCGCAGCACGCACGCUGUGCUCCCCAGCCCCACGCCCUGUGGGACCCCCAGCAGCCCACUCGGUGUACUCUCCAUCCCCACGCCCAGUGGGGGCCCCUGCAGCCCACUCGCUGUGCUCAGCCACCUCUGUGUCUCUGGGGGCCGCGGGCGCCCGCACCACUGGCUCACCCCUCACUCACCCUGAGGACUCACCCAGAGCCUGCUCCCCAGCCCCAGACCCCCUGGCAGCUGCCUCAGCCCGCUCCCUCUAUGCACCCACCUCUUACUCGGUCUCCCGGGCCGUGGGCACCCUGGGGUCUCGCUCAGUAUGCAGCCCUCAGUGGGGCCCCUCCUGUGACACCACCACUCGCUUGGGCUCCAACCUCACAUGGGCUCCCGCCUCCCGCUCAGCAUGGAGCGCUGUGGGACGCUCGGGCUACUCCCCCUUGUCCCGCACUGCCUACAGCACGCUCACGCGCCCUUUGUACAGCUCCUUGUCCCGCUCCUACAACACCUUGUCCCGCUCUGCCUACACCACUCUUCCCCACUCCACCUCUCCCUCUGCCUAUGCCACCCUGCCUCGUUCUGGGUCCUGCCCCCCUAGCAGCACCUUACCCCAAGUAGGGUCCCGCACACCCUGGAGCCCCAGGAGGAGCACUUAUAACUACUUCAAACGCAAAUACCUGUAAUGGAGAGUAACCUGGAGAAAAGCCAAAGCCAGUGAAUUAAAGGCAGGGUUCAGACGCUUUGAAAGAGUUUAAAAAUAAGGUGAUGGAGCAUGGCAUGUGUAGUCCUGGGUAUUUAUCCACAUAUUUGAGAUGUGCCAAGAAAGGAAGCUGCUAGCUGACUUCUGAGGAAUGAAUUUGAUGUAAUGCUCGUAAGUCUUGAGAUACAGUAUGGUGGAAGUGACAAACUGAACAUGUUCUCCAUGGAGCUGUUGUGACAAUAGUUGCACAGUGCAGGUAAAUGGAUUUACUUGCUUGGUUAAGCUGUUUUAUAAAGGAUGUGCUUUGACUCUCUCUUCUCUUGAUUUUUUUGCGAUGGUUACUUCUCAGAUCUCCUUGGGCUACAGCACUUGUUGCAAAUCUCUCCCCUUGUGUGAAAUGUGCUGUCCUUGGGAUACUGCAAAGAGGUGGCAGCAGACUUGCCUUACAUGUUACCUAAUAUAUUGGGUCCCCGAGUCCCAGUAUUGCUGUGGCUUGGGUCAGUUCUGCACACACUCAAAUUUCCUUAUGGGGCAGUGAAAACUGAGGAGGUCAUGGAGUAAUUAAAUUGUUAAAAAUCAACAGAAGAGUUUUUUUUUAAAAAAAAGCAGCUGUAAUAAAUGUAGUAUUACUACUCUUGAUGUAUUACAGUUCCAUUAUCAGGAACCCAAAGGUCAGAUUAGAAAGGCUGCAAAACUCAGUGAACGAUUAAUACAAAUUUACUGGCUUACACAGUUGAAUACUUCUCAAAUCGCAUAUUCCAAAAAAUUCUUCAUGUGUAUUGCAUGCAUUUAGGUUUGUGGGAGAAGGUCUGAUUCCAAGGCUGUGCUUUUUUGAUUCAAUAUAGCUAGUAAACUUCUAUCACCAGACCUGAACUAGAGAAGGAAGUAUGAUGUUAUCCUUUCUUUCCAACACCCAGCCCUCCCAACUAAAAGGUUAAGAAGGUGAAUGAAAAUGUAUUGUGUCUCCUUUUGAUAAUUGGUACCAUUUCAGUGCUAACCCUCUCCCAGUGUUUUAAGAAUUGAAAUCAUAUAUUGUCAUAAUGGAGCUGUCCCCUAAUUUUGGAUUUGCUCAGAAGAAUUUUAGAUUUACUGACAACACUUCCCAUCCCUCCAUUGUUUUCCUCUAGUGCUCUUCUACUGUUGGUAACAAGUGUUAGUGGGGUUUUGUGUUAAGAUAAUUUUGCUGGUGCUGCAGAAUUUUCAGUUGUGUAGUGAUAGUAUUUCAGUAGUAUCACUUUAGUUCACACCCCUAUGCUCUGUGAUGAGAUUGAGUAACCUUCCAGGGGUUUGGGAAAGAUGUGGUGUCAGAUGGUAACUAUGAAUAUGCCAGCACUAUUAACUACAUAGUAAUUCUGAGUAUGGUAGAAGAAAUAUUUGCCUGGAUACUGUAGUGAAAUGGUCAUGACUUGUUUUUUUAUGCAGUUUCAAUAGUCUCUGCUAGGUAUUUGCUGAGAAUUCCUUUUCCUGACUGACAAUAAAAAUAGAAACUUAAAAUCA